UACACGAGAGAAUAACGCGGGAAGUAGGCACAGGUUUCCCUUUUCAAGGCACAAAAGUGCUGUAGUUUUAAAAACUGAAGUGGCAACUCUAGGUAAAGUGUUUGGGCUUCAGGAUUAAAGCCUAAAACAUCUUAAAUGCCCUUAUGAUAAAAAGAUCCUGUUCAAAAGCCUUAAAAAAAAGACCUAUUAUGCCACUAGGUGCUAUAAAGAGCAAAAGCAAGUGCCAGUAUGGUCCUACAAACACAUAUAUCCUUAGCAGCCCCAUUGGGAACUUUGAAGUCAUCUGCUGUCAAAAUGGAAUCCAUUCUAUGGGCCAGAUCAAAGAAAUCACUGAUGAAACAUUCAGAGUUGAGAAGGGGAAAGAAGUCAAGAUUGUGUCUCAGUUGUACAAAGAUAAUGGGUACAUUUAUACACCACUGAUCAAGCUGUGCCAAUGGCUACAAAUCUACUUUACGGGUGGUUCUGAAGUGAAAUCUCUGCCUCUCCCUUCCAUUUGCUUUGCGUCAUUUAAGGAAGGCACAUUCACAGGAAAAGUAUGGAAAACCUUGGCUGAGAAAGUUGGCUUUGGAGAAACGGUGUCAUAUGGGAAAUUGGCGAAUCUCUGUGGGAGUCCCCAUGGGUCUAGAGCUGCUGGACAGGCAAUGAGAAACAACCCUAUUCAGAUCAUUGUGCCGUGUCAUAGGGUGAUAUUAAGUAGUGGACAGAUUGGAAACUACACUGGUGGCCGCAGAAAUAAAGUGAAAGCAUGGUUACUGGAACAUGAAGGAUCAUUUCCACCAGAAGUGAAAUAAAGGAAAAACAUGAUACCAUAGCUCAGUGAUUUGGUUAAACAUGUAUGUGAAGGCAUUUUGUAUUAUUUUUAGUUGAUAAAUAAUCUUGAGGCAAAUAAGAUGGCAUAAUAAACAGAUAUUUUGACAUUUUGUUAACAUGGGUGUACAAAUUUGUAACACUUUAUUUAAAUGUAAUUUUUCAUAUUUGGUAUAAUUUAUCAUAACCGCUGUGGUUUUCUUUCAAAAGAUAAGGAAUGGUGAACUGAGGUAUAUGCACCAUCAUCUAUGGUCUAAAAGUCAAUUCAACAAUUCUGUUUAUUACCACAAAUGAAAUAUUAUAUCAACUUCAUAAACAUCAAGAAAAAUAUGUUUGAAAUAAAAAAA